AUUUUACGUCACCACAACGCAGGAAACGGUGGAGCUAUGUUGACGUCCAAAACAAAAAUUGUUCUCUGAAAAUCCUCGUUGGUUUAUCGUCAUCGACAGUCAGGUCGACUAAAAGAUCAAUCAUACGGAGUUUGAGUAGGGAACAAAAGUAGGAGUCAAUGUGGGUGGAAAUACCUUGACCCGUCUAUCUUAUUUUCUUGGGAUUAAGAGGAGUUUUCUUUGGCUAACAUUGGCUAGCGAGUAGCAUUAUCGUAGUUAACGGUAAGCUAACGAGGCUGGUUAUAGUGUGAAGUUGGCAGUCAAACGCGUUAGUUGUUUCGUCGGGUCGUAAGUUGCAGGCCAAUUGAAACUAAUAUUAGAAGACGUGUUGAGGUUAGUAGUUUUUAACUGGAUGGACUCAAUCAUAUGGUAAGGUCAUUUUAUUGGGCAAGACACGACUACGCAAGGCGUUUUGCUCUUUAGUGCUCUUGGGCCUGUGCUAGUCAGCUAACCAUGGCGUGUGGAGCUACUCUGAAAAGGACAAUGGAUUUUGAUCCUUUGAUGAAUCCCACUUCACCCAAAAGGAGAAGGUGUAUUCCUGUAUCGCCAUCGACAUCAUCACCAAGGAAAUACUUGCGAAAUGAGCCUUCCCCAUUCGGAGAGGUCUCCUCGAAACUCACAACAGAGCAAAUUCUCCAUAACAUCAAGCAGGAGUACAAGAGAAUGCAAAAGAGGAAGCAUUUCGACGGUACUUUCCAGCCGUCUGGUGAGGGCUCUUCGCCCGAGUCACAACCCGGCCUGUCCUUUUUAGGUGGCUGCGGUCUUCAAGGGGCGUCUUCAGGUUCGGUCUCUCCCACAAGGAAAGAGCAGCCGCUGUUCACGCUCAGGCAGGUGGGCAUGAUCUGUGAGCGUCUUAUCAAGGAACGAGAGGAGAAGGUCCGUGAAGAAUACGAGGAGAUGAUGACUUCCAAACUCGCAGAACAAUAUGAUACCUUCGUGAAGUUCACGCACGACCAGUUAAUGCGACGCUUUGAGGAGCAACCUGCAAGUUAUGUUUCCUGAGACAGACCCAUCCACCACUAGGACACAAGCUGAUGUACUGCUGUGACUGAUUGGAAAUUAUCCUCUGACGGCAUCGAUGCCAGAGACUGUGUUUGAUUGAAAAUAAAGUGCCAUAUUUCACAUGUUGGCAAAGGCUACUUAAAAGCUAAAGUCAGUGGUUUUACGCCCUCUCCGUAAGCAUUUUAGGUGCCUCUUGGUGUACGGCUAUGUUUUGGACCCUUCCUGAUUUUUUUUUUCUACCAGUGGCCUACCUAUCACUUGCUGUAAAGCCUUUUUCUCAGAUAUUUUAGUCUUGGCAUUCCACAUCCUUUUGUGUUUUAUAUUAUUUUUGUUACUUGUAUAUCGAAGUUAUUCAGAAUGCCAUGUAACAUUUUACUGAUCAGCCAUUUUAAUGAAUGCAGGUUGAUAUGAUCAGAAAAAGGUAUCCUAGGUCAAUACCACACUCCCCUCCCUCCCCUUGUUCCCUUCAAAGGGCAAUGCCUAGUUUGUAAACAUGCAGACCGAAGUAUUGUGAUGGCCAUUUCUGGUUCAAGCCGUGGUUGCGCUAUAAAUUCGGGGAAGAAGUCUCACUUCUAAUGUUACGGCAGUGAAGAUUGAAACUUGCUGUUAUGGGUAGUGUGAGCCUUAAAUACAUUGUACUGUAACAAGCAACUGCAAGAAAACAUUGAAUCAAACAAUACCAUCUCAUAUUUAUUUGAUCUUUAUCCUGUUCAUUUUUCCUGCUUACAUAGAUGACAUGUAAACAAUAAAACUUUUUAAUACA